UCGAGGGGCAACUCAGUAUAAAUUAAAUUAAUCUGCCAACCGAGGAACCCUAGUGGCCAUUUUGCGAAUGGAAAAUUCGAGCCAUAAACGAAGAGAUAGAGAAUCCUCCAAAGACCACCACCACCACCACCGCCGAUCCAAGCACGAUGACGACCGCCGCAGAUCCGACGACCACCAUCGCCGUCGCUCAGAUCGGGACGAGCGAGGAGGGGAUGGAGAUCGCCGCGAGCGCGAGCGGUCUCGUUCAGUGGAGAGGAAGAAGAGGAAGGAUAGAGGUGAGAGUGAGGAGAGGAGCGAUAAGAGGUCUAGGGUUUUUGAAGAUAAUGGAAAGGAGAAGCGUAGAUUCGAAGAUGCUAAGGCCAUGGAGGAUGAUGGUAUGGAAGGGAAGGGGGGUGGAGGCGAGGGUUUUGGGUUUGGACGGGACUCUGUAAAGAAGGUUGCCGAAGAUGAGUGGAGGCAUGAUGGUCGUAAGGGUGGCAAUGAUGGCCCUGUUCCCAAUAGUAAUGCUACUGGGCCAAUGACUACUACAUCUGGCAGUUUACCUGAGACUUCUUUGGUUCAUAAAGAAUAUCCUGCUUCUAAGGUAUCUUCGAUUUCCAAGACAAAUGAAAAUAAGGGAGUUAAUAUUAACAGAUCUCAUGAGGUUCCUGGGAAAUCCAGUACAGAUGGGACAGCUUCAGAUGCCAGCAAGAGUGGUGGUUUGUCCCUUGAUGCUUUAGCAAAAGCUAAGAAAGCUUUACAAAUGCAGAAGGAACUUGCAGAAAGGCUAAAGAAAAUUCCUCUGCUGAAGCGAGAUACUGGUACGACGGGAGAAGGCAGUUCAGUUGUUGGUGAGAAAGAGGCUUCUAAAGCUUCUUCCUCUGGUCAAGGGAUAUUACCAACCCCUCCAGUAACUUCUUCAGCUGUGACUCCUUCUGCAGCCUCCGCUUCACUUGCUGAUAGUUCUGAUAUUAAACCACAGAGUGGUUUGCCUCAUAUUCCAGAACUCACUGCACAAAAAUAUGAAGCUGUAAAACGUGCACAGGAGCUAGCUGCAAAGAUGGGAUUUCGGCAAGAUCCAGAGUUUGCUCCCCUUAUAAAUAUGUUUCCUGGGCAGUUGCCUCCUGAAGUUACUGUUCAAGCAAAGCCUUCAAAAGCACCUGUUCUCCGCCUGGAUGCACUAGGCAGAGAAAUAGACGAGCAUGGCAAUGUUGUCAAUGUACCAAAAGUGAACAGCUUGAGUACACUCAAGGUUAACAUUAACAAGCAAAAGAAGGAUGCCUUUCAAAUUCUAAAACCUGAGCUUGAAGUAGAUCCUUCUAAAAACCCUCAUUUUGAUGAAAGAAUGGGACUUGAUAAAAAUAAGAUAUUGAGGCCUAAGAGGAUGACCUUCCAAUUUGUUGAGGAAGGCAAGUGGUCAAAAGAUGCUGAAAUUAUAAAAUUGAAGUCUCAAUUUGGUGAAGCAAAAGCCAAGGAGCUAAAGGCGAAACAAGCACAACUGGCUAAGGCAAAGGCGGAACCUGACAUAAACCCAAAUUUAAUUGAAGUGGGUGAGAGGGUAAUCUCCAAGGAAAAACCAAAGGAAUCUAUUCCUGAUGUCGAGUGGUGGGAUGUACCUUUUCUGCGAUCUGGUAUGUACGGAGAUAUGGUUGAUGGCGACAUAAAUGAAGAGAAUAUUAAAAAGGAGAAGAUCACCAUAUAUGUUGAACACCCUCGACCUAUUGAACCUCCAGCUGAAGCAGCACCUCCUCCACCACAACCUUUAAAGUUAACAAAGAAGGAGCAGAAGAAACUCCGCACACAGCGUAGAUUAGCUAGGGAGAAGGAACGGCAGGAGAUGAUUAGACUUGGCGUAGUGGAACCACCAAAACCUAAAGUCAAAAUGAGUAAUCUGAUGAAAGUUCUUGGUUCGGAAGCGACCCAGGAUCCCACAAAACUUGAAAUGGAAAUACGAAGUGCUGCAGCAGAGCGGGAACAAGCACACAUCGACAGGAACAUUGCUCGCAAGCUCACUCCAGCUGAGCGUCGCGAGAAGAAAGAGAGGAAACUAUUUGAUAAUUCUGAUACACUGGAUACUAUCGUCUCGGUAUACAAGAUUAAUGAACUUUCCCAUCCGCAGGCUCGUUUUAAGGUUGAUAUUAAUGCCCAGGAGAACAGGCUGACUGGAUGCGCGAUAAUAUCAGAAGGGAUUAGCAUUGUUGUUGUCGAAGGCGGCGCUAAAUCAAUCAAGAGAUACGGGAAGCUGAUGCUUAAGAGGAUCGAUUGGGCUGCUGCUGCUGAUGCGGUUAAAAAGGAGGACGAUGACGAUGAAAAUGAUGAUGAUGAGGAUGAUAAACCUAUUAACAAGUGUUGUCUUGUCUGGCAGGGAAGUGUUGCUAAGCCAAAUUUUAGUAGAUUCUUUGUCCAGGAAUGCAGGACCGAAGCAGCUGCUCGCAAGUUCUUCUCGGACCAUGGAGUUGCUCAUUAUUGGGAUCUUGCCGUGAACUUCACUGACGAAGAAACUAUCUGAUGUCUGCGGGUGUGGUAAGUGUCUUUUGAUUCAGUUGCCGUGUUGUCUUUUGAUUUGGUUGUAAUAAAAGUCGAUGAUUCUUCUGCAUACGACAGAAGGAAUGAUUAUGCAACCCGUAUUGCAAUCAGUGUGUGUGUAGCUUGUAAUGUUGACGACUUUGCGUGCCUUGUUUCUUAUGGAACUUAAAAAUUUUGAAUUAGAAAUGUAUCUUUCAAGGCUACCUACC